GAAGUACAAAAGGCAGAAGGCGUGCUCCUAUUCGCAUUUCCACGAUCAGCAUCGAUAUAUCUCCCCUUAUAUAUCAACAUCAAGCCGGCGAUCUAACCACUUCCAUUAACAAAUUCUCAAGAUGAAGAGUUUCGCUCCCUCCCUCCUCCCCUUCGUGGUCCUCUUCAGCACAGCGCUUUCCGCACCAACACCAUCAAGCGGGGUCAGCUUCCCCAUCACCGACCUGAUCGGCACCGGUCUCACGAUCAAAGAGUAUGCUCAGCGCCUCGAGGACCAGAGCACUGAGGAGCCUGCGCUGACGAAGCGGCAAUACGGCGGUAACACAUAUAACCAAUUGACUGACGGCACACCUUGCCGUGAAAUUACGCUUAUAUACGCCCGUGGCACCACACAAGACGGAAAUGUAGGGGCUCCAACUGAUGAAGGUCCAACCUUCUUUAAUGCUCUGGCUAGCCGCCUGGGAGGAACCAGCCGAUUGGCCAUACAGGGCGUCACUUACCCGGCUAACAUAUUUGGAUUCCUGGCUGGAGGUGAUGCUGCGGGAGCUAGGACGACGUUUGAUUUGAUCAAUACUGCUAUCACGAGAUGCCCGUCGACCAAGAUCAUUGUCUCAGGUUAUAGCCAGGGAGCACAGCUGAUCCAUACCGCUACACAAAGGCUUUCGGCGGCUGCGGCUGCUAGAGUGAAUGCAGUUGUCACCUUCGGCGAUGCGGAUCGGGACGAGACUUUUGGCCCCAUCCCUACCUCGAAAAUUCUCAUCAUCUGCCACACGGGCGACAACAUUUGCGAUAACGGUAUUAUAGUCACUCCUCAGCACAGAAACUACGAAAUUGAUGCCCCUGUUGCUGCUCAAUUUGUGGCUGCGCGGGUUUAAAACAGUGGGAAACGUGGUAUUCUUAUUCAGAGUGCGUGGCUUUGUUAGCCCUAACGACCGCUUGUUAUCGUUCGACUGUACAGUAGUACUUAAUGACAUGAUAAAUCAAGGUUGCACCCCGUUC